AUGGCCUCCAGAGCAAACAAUCCGAACUGCCGUAGUGGCCCCAGCCGUGGCCGAGGUGAUUGCCAUGGCGAGGCGGCUACGAGGGACAAAACCACACCACCUCCGAAGCAGUCACGCUCAAAAAAUCCCAGAAGACCACAUAUUCACAGACCCCUGAAAGAUCGAUUCGGCUGUGGUGAUACCAUGGAAUCUGCACAGCGAAUGGUUGAUAUACAACGCCGAAAUGCAAAGCACUUGUCACAGACUGAGUACUGUGGUGCACCGCCGUUGGGACAAAACCUGGUUCAACUACGGCUUGUUAUUCCUGGGGACCACCUCAUGCCAAAGGCCCUAGGCGACCUUGGGGUUCUCGACGACAUACGAAGAGAGCACCAGGUUUGGAUCACUAGAGAAAGAGGGUCGGAGACGUUUUUGGAUCUCUGUUCAAAGAACUCCAAGUCGCUUCACGUGGCCCUCAACGCGAUCAACGGAAGAAUUCACCAUAUGCGACUUUCCGAAGAAUCAUUAACCGUGCAGUACUUUACGCAGCUGCCCAAAGAAAACGCAGGGGUUGCAAUCAAGUUUGAAAUUGGUAAGCGACCAGUCGUCGAAAGCACCACAGACAACGCACGCGACGCUGAAUAUGGGCUCAGCCGGUUGGUCGCUCAUUUUGCCACGAUAUUGCCCUCGGCGGUUAAGUCACUGGCGGCUUUACCGGCUUUAAAAAUGCAAAUAAACUUCGGGUAUCUCAAGGUCUUGGCCAAACGAAAGAGUGUGGGAAAUCGGUUAUCUUGUGAAGAGUUCGAAUCUGCACUUGGGUCAUACUCCAGCCGUGGAAGGGGGUUGAGCAUUGACAACGAAAACAACAGGUUUCCAAACGUUGAUGUUGCAAAUAUCUUCGUAUCGUCCAUCCUGAACAAUGACGAAAUCGUACAAAACAAAGCAAACGUGGCAUUGAAGCAUCUUGUCCAAUUUGAUGCGGACAAGCAAACUGUCACUGCAGAUCUAUGGGAAGAAGAUGGAGUUGCCAAGGUAGCCUCCUCAAGAUGCACGGAAACAGAGAGCCACCCGCCACUAGACUGGAUUGUUUCGGCCCCGGCGAUGGAUGUUGACUGGACUAUGCGAGUCAGUUCCCACCCAAACUACACUGGUGACAAGAACGACAAACUGCUUGAUGCAACAACCAAACUUGCGCAGUCCUUUACCUUCAAAAUUAAUGCAGAAAUGCAUAACAGGCAGCCCAAAAGGUCAGGCGAAGUAGCCAAAGAGGAUAUGCAACGCUUUCAGCUCCCCAAAUGGCAGGCGUUGCCUCGAGGAGAUCCGACUCAUGUUUUAAGCAGUUUUCAACUCACAUCGUUAUUCAGGCUUCAGUAUCGCGAUACACCAUACGAAAUCGAGACUUCUAUAACACAGCAUUGGGCUAGGGUACCACUUAGCCCAGAGCCCGACCGUUUGAGCUGGUCCGUCUCGGUGCGCGGUAUUCAUUGGGAAGAGGCUCUGCACGAAUGCAGGAUUGGAGAAUCGUCCAGUGGCGAAGAAAAUCUUCUUCGACGGUUAUGGCCUGGAGAAGGUUCGCUUGAGGAGCGUCUGGGGGGAUUCCUCAAAUGUGUCUUUCAAGUACAAAACUCCAUUGUCACAGCACAGUCUUGA